CCCCGCCCACGGGCCCUGCCCACGCCAUAAGCCGCGGGCUGAGGGGGGUUGUGGCUCCCGUGGCGGUGCCGGGCAUUGAUGGCUGCGAACCGGGUGGGCAGGCGGCUGGGGCGGGGGUCCCCGGCGCGCUCUCCGGGGAGUCCCCGGGCGGAGCCGGCCCGCAGCCCCGGGAUUCAGAAGCGCCAAGCCCGGGUGACGGUGAAGUACGACCGGCGGGAGCUGCAGCGGCGGCUGGACACCGAGAAAUGGAUCGACGGGCGGCUGGAGGAGCUGUACCUGGGCCGGGAGGCAGAGAUGCCGGAUGAAGUGAACAUUGAUGAACUCCUGGAGCUGGACACAGACGAGGCGCGGGCCGCGCAGCUACAGGGCAUCCUGAAGUCCUGUCACAACAACACGCAGGCCUUCGUGCAGGAGCUACUCCUCAAGCUGCGGGGGCUCCAGAAGCAGCAAGUCCUGCAGCGGCGGCCCAGCCCGGAGCUCCAGGAGCGAGCGUGACCCCUGCCCAGGGAGGGGCCCCUGCGGCCCUUGGCGGUGGCAGCUUCCUCCGGACGAGUGGGACCAGCGAGGCCCUGCAAAUCCAGCCUGGGGCCGGGGGUUGCUCGGCGGAGCCUCCUGACGCGACAGCUUGUUCCCCUGCACCUGGGGAUGGCACAGGCCUGGCCCCCCCCCACCCCCCAGCAGCCCCCUGGACGUUAUCCCCCUGCCCCAGCCUGUGACUGGCCUGUGUGAGUCUCUGGCCAGCCGAGGGGUUGGGGCUCAGCGGGUGCCUUUCGGUCUGUAAUAAAGCCUUGCUUUGGA